AUGGUUUCCACUCCCCACGAAGCGACCUCGGUGCCAUCCCAACCUGCCCCAUCUGUUACCCCAGCCAACGGGACCCCUGUCAACGCAGAGAUCCCUGUCAAUAUCAAUGCGCCCGAUCCAAUUACAAUCGACAAUUUUACCGACGACACCAAUAGUGAAUUCGACGAUGACCUGUCUGAUCUUACCUCCCUGUCGUCGAGCGUGCUCGAAUUUGAGUAUGAAAAUGGUCGGCGGUAUUGCAGUACCCGCUCAGGAGCUUAUAUGAUGCCGAAUGAUGAGGAGGAGCAGGAUCGAAUGGAUCUAACACACCACAUAUGGCUGAUGCUACUGGGAGGGGAGCUCCACAAUGCCCCUAUCAAAUCAUCACCACAGAACAUUCUCGACCUGGGAACCGGAACAGGAAUUUGGGCUAUGGACAUUGCCGAGAAAUUCCCUGGCGCCCACGUCACUGGGACUGACAUCAGCCCUAUCCAGCCCAGUUGGGUGGCCCCAAAUAUCGAGUUCAUAGUGGAAGAUUUCGAAACCGAAUGGCAAUAUAAACCAAACCACUUUGACUUUAUCCACGCACGAUGCCUCGCUGGAUGCGUGGCCGACUGGCCCAGUUUUAUCCGCCAGAUCUACGACCACGUCAAACCGGGCGGCUACUUUGAAUCGCACGAGAGUGCUGUAUGGGCCCGUAGCGACGAUGGCUCCCUUAAGGAAGAUUCGGCGCUCAUGGAAUGGCAACAGGCCGUCAAUUUCGCCGGCGAAAAGAGCGGUCGGGAGCUGAACAUCUACCAUAAGCUUAAGGACUGGAUGAUUGCAGCCGGAUUCGAGGAUGUCAACUUGUCGAUCUACGCGCUACCAUUUUCACCCUGGCCGCGCGAUCCCCAUUUGAAGGCCCUAGGGAAGUACCAGGCAGUGCAAUUACAGCAAGCUAUCGAUUCCUACUCACUGCGCUUGUACACACAGGUGCUGGGCUGGAGUUCGGAUGUGGCCACCAUCCACAAUGCCGUGGUCAAGCGAGAGCUGCGGGAUAAGAAGUUGCAUGCCUAUGUUCAAACGUACAGUCUCACCCGUCCCUUCCCUUGCCCUGAGUACUUGUUCUAA